UUGACAAGCACGAUUGCCGGCGGAGUCCGGCUCCAGUGAGUAUCAGGGAAAUUGACACAGGCAGUCGAGAGGUGAGGGACCGCUGAAAACGAAGGAGCCGUGUUGCAGGUUCCCCCCGCAACCGCUUCUGGACUCGGUGUCUGCGGACCGAGGAGCGGCGGCUCGCCCGAGGGCAGAUUCCCGUGGUAACUCUGCCAAGCCCAUGUAGAGAUGCCUGAAGGUUCGUUGUGUUCUGCCAAGGAAGUACCAGGUGUAGAAGCUGCCGCUGAUUGGAUGGUCCGACAUCUUCGACCUUCGCACUCUGGCUUUUGCCCAUGCAACGCCCGGUUCUAUCGGAAGCAAGCUGUGAGGCGAGCUGCUCCAGAAUCUCCCAGGACUUCUUCCACCUCUUCACUGAGCAGCCAUGACAGGAUGUCUACAGUCACCGUCUCCACCAGCUCCACAUCGGUCAACACCGACUGCUCGGACAACGAACGCCCCGUGAGCGCCAGCUCCUUGGGCUCCUUGCAGGAUUGCCGUGGCCCCUCGGAGACCACGAGCCGACCGGGUGAUGAUGUCCAGGUGGAGUCGGCUCUGCCCCUGCGAGCACGCAAGGCCGAGCAGGAAUGCAACAACAACAACAACCUGGUGGACCGGACAAACUUGAACGUCAGCUUCCGCCAACUCCCUUUGUCUCCCAUAGCAACCAGGGCCAUGGCCCCCAAUCCCAAACUGUCGUAUGUGGACAGGGUCGUCAUGGAAAUUAUCGAGACCGAGCGAAUGUAUGUGCAGGAUCUGAGGAGCAUCAUUGAGGACUACCUUGGUUGCAUCAUUGAUGCUUCAGAUUUGCCUAUCAGACCUGAGCACGUCUCUGCACUGUUUGGAAACAUUGAGGACAUCUAUGAGUUUAACAGCGACCUCCUGCAAGACCUUGACAGCUGUCACCAUGACCCAGUUGCCAUUGCAAGGUGCUUUGUGGACAAGAGUCAGGAUUUUGAUAUCUACACCCAGUAUUGCACCAACUACCCCAACUCUGUGGCGGCCCUGACUGAGUGCAUGAGGAACAAAGUCCUGGCCAAGUUCUUCAGGGAACGCCAGUCGACGCUAAAGCGCUACCUCCCACUGGGUUCCUAUCUGCUGAAGCCAGUUCAGAGGAUCCUCAAGUACCACCUCCUGCUGCAGGAAAUAGCAAAGCACUUUGAUGUCAACCAGGAGGGCUAUGAGGUGAUUGACGAAGCUAUUGAUACUAUGACGGGUGUGGCCUGGUACAUCAAUGACAUGAAGAGGAAGCACGAGCAUGCUAUCCGACUGCAGGAAGUACAGAGCUUGCUGAUACACUGGAAUGGGCCGGACCUGACGACGUACGGAGAGCUUGUCCUGGAAGGAACCUUUCGGAUUCACCGAGCCAAAAAUGAACGCACUUUAUUCCUUUUUGACAAGGUCCUGCUACUGGCCAAGAAAAGAGGCGAACACUUCAUUUACAAGACUCAUAUCAUGUGCUCUGCAUUAAUGCUCAUUGAAAGCACAAGAGACUCUUUAUGCUUCGGACUGUCCCAUUACAAGAACCCAAAGCAGCAGCACACUGUCCAGGCAAAGACCGUGGAAGAGAAGCGCCUCUGGACUCAUCACAUAAAGAGGCUGAUCCUAGAGAAUCACCAUGCCAUCAUUCCUCAGAAGGCAAAAGAAGCCAUCUUGGAAAUGGACUCCUAUUAUCCUUCCAAAUACCGAUACAGUCCAGAACGAUUAAAAAAGCCAAUGUCUACCCAGGAGGAGUUAUUGGGCUAUCGUAAGGGUCGCAGGCAGUCUGAGCCAGCAAAACAGAUCCUGAAAUCUUUGUUUAGCAUUCUUUCACACGCAGGUAGUGACGGAGAACUCCUAGGCAAUAAAGACUCUGUGAACACUCUGACGGUUGUCAGUUCUCUGGGAUCUAGUACGAGUGAGCCUGAAAGCGAUAAGCAUGACAACGAGGAUGACCUGGCCCACAGCAAGGACUCCCUGAACUUCCUGAAUGCAAGUGACUCAGAGGAGCUGUCCAGAGGUACUGAGCUUGCCUUGGGAGACGUGGAGCCAGAAGAGGAGUUGAUGAUAGAGGGCGACCAGGUAGCCGACUUUGCCAGCUCACUGCUGGCUGCCAUCUCCUGCUGGCACUAUAGAGCCAGAGCUUUGCUUUCUGCUAAGUUCUCCAUGACUGAGACUCCUGUUGAGCUACAGGAAGCCAAAGGAUUCAAAAGGCAGAACAGCCAGCCAUCCGCAAAUGCUGAGAAGCGGCGUGUCUGGGAAGCUGAUACCAGUGCAUCUGAAGGGGUCACCCCUGAUGUGGAACCUAUGUCCAUUCAACAGAUGGUGACUGAGGCCUGCCAGUCUGCCCUUGAGGAAAUGCAGUCGGACACCGAGGCUACUCACAGCCCAGAGGGACCCAAGGGAGCAGACGAGGUCCCAGAGGCGAUCGACGCCGACCUGAGUGGUUCCGGGAGGGGGAGCGUGGAAUCUGCCGUGGAGUGCUCAUUCAACGAAGUGGGCGAGGAGCCGAAGCACUUCAGCAGCGAAGACUCUUCAGAGGAGGAGGAGCAGGAGCGGGACUCGCAGAGCAUCCUUCCGCCAUCGGUGCUGGGGCAGGCUAGCCUCAUUGCGGAGCACUUCAUGAACGGCCAGUCGAGGUGCAACAGCUUGGUGACAGACGAUGGCAGCUCCUAUGGCUGCGUGACGCCAAGGGUAACCAACAGGCAAAGUAGCCUUGAAAGCGGCGACAAACCAUUGAGGAACAGGGGUGUGCGUGAUGAUUGGCAACUGAGUGAUGUCGUCCGGGGCAGCAAUGGCCAAGAGAAGGAGAACCUCUUCGAUGAGUCUAACCUGAAAGGCCAGGAGGAUAUGGAACCGGACACUGAUCGGAAUGUUCCUAAGAGAAGGGACUCCACCCUCUCCAGGCAGGACCGACUCCUCAUCGAGAAGAUUAAAAGUUACUACGACAACGCAGAGCAUGAAGACGCCAGUUUUAGCAUCAAGAGGCGAGAAAGCCUGACCUACAUCCCAGCGGGUCUGGUCAGGAACUCUGUGUCCAAGUUAAAUGGUCAAAACAAGGAAGAGGAUCUGCGAGAGGCCACAUUGAGGCGACGACUGGCGUCUUCCAAUGUCACUGUUCCCCGGAGGAAUAGUCCACCAGUUCGGGCUGUGCAAGACCUUCCAAACCCGAGCACCUGUAGAGAUGCUCACUUGUCUUCGGAGCCAGGGCAGGUUUUGGAAAAGCAGCAGACAGAGUCAAGUGAUCCUUCGGCAGGAAAGCCACCUUCGGACUUCUCGAGGGAGCCCAGUCCUGGGGAACAGGACCCGAUUACAGAGAGUGAAUUCCGAUCAUCUGUGGACAUGAUUAAGAUCUGGCAAGAGAUGGAAAGCAUGGCGAACGCUGCCACAAAGUCUCCAAAGAGGACAGAGCAGAAGCACGAGACAGUGCAAGGGUUUGAGUCCUUUGAGCAUAACCCUGAGAAUACAAAGAAAAGGGAAGGCAAGGACCCAGAGGAAUCCAAAAUGAAACGACUCAGUAACGGUAGAGCUAAUCUUGGCCAAGAUUUCAACGAACCAUUGGUUAUUUUAGAAGAUGGUGAUCUAAGUGCCACUACAGAAGUGUCUCCCACUUCUUCCCAAGCAAGGCCCACUAGAGAAAGUGGGUUGCAAGAAAGACCAAAUGCUGUAUCAGUAAGCGAGGUCUGCAACCAAACCAAAGAAUCUGUUCCACUGUCUCAAUCACCAAUGUGUGUGCAAACACUCAAAAGCUCGGAACCAGAAGACAAACCCACAUUGCUGCCGGAUUCCAGUUCCGAUCUAACUCUGAAGAGGUGUGACCACAGUGCUCCAAUCACGAGACCACAGGUAGUCCAGGCACAGAGUGAAGAGCUGCUAAGAGAGGUGACGGAGAAGAUGAAGACCAAGGUCUACCAGCUGGCCAGGAUAUACAGUCAGAGAAUUAAGAACAGCAGGCCAGUGGUCAGAAAGAGAGGCAAGCUGCUGGAGGAGGCACUGGAGAAGGAAGAGGAACAGGGCAGUGAAGUCAGCAAACUGAUAACGGUUCAGGAAGAUGAGAAGGAAAUCGUUGCUGCUGCAGACAAGCCAAAGGAAUUGCCAUCUUUGCCUCUCUAUGACCAGGUAAUUAUUCAAGAACAGGUCCCAUUGGCGACAUUGAUAGAGGAACCUGAUGUUGUCUUGCAAAAUAAGGAUGCGCAAACGUUCCUUCCAUCUUCCACCAAGAUCACUUCACCCAGACGUACUGUUAUCAGUCUAAUGACACCUCCAGUGAGGCCCCAAUCCAAGAGGCCACUGAGCCCCACUGAAAUGGAAACCUUUCCAUGGCCUGAUGUUCGGGAGCUCCGUUCCAAGUACACCUCUAUGCGUGAUCAAGUCACAAAAGAUUCUAUGCUGAGGGUAGCCAGAACAAACCUCUUCAAGCCAUCUGAAAGUUGUUGCGCAAAGCUGGGCCGAUUUGCCAAGAGCAUGUCCAUGCCGAAUGGAAUGAUGGAAGGCAGAAUGUCCCAUUCUGGUUUUCUGGAACAAAAGGGCAAUUCUAAACCUGGCCUCUGCCCUAGCACAAUGGGGAAACGAGCAGUUUCUGACACCGUGGCCAGGAAAAUGUUGCAUUCCGAUUCUUCCAUCCAGUAUCUUCUGGAAGUGGCACCCGAGAGUUCGACCGACAACCACACAUGUUCGAGGACUACUCCCUUGGAUUGUAGGUGCACUGAGCAAAGUUCCAGUUCAGAUUGCAAGUUCUGCCACUCUGCUAAAGGUACAGAGACAACCCACUAUGUAUCUUCAGAGUUAACUCUGCAAGACGAUCAGAAAGUCAUAAUCAUGGAGAAAUUGCCAUGUGAUGGUGAUAGUUGGAGUAUUCAUAGGAAUGAGCAGGUCGCUAAGGACAACAGCAGUGAUGAUGAGGGCUACGUCCAGAUCAGGUCUCCAACAUCCCGAGAGAAAAUCUCUAUUCGAGCAGUAGUGGAAAGGUGCAGGGCUUACCAAGAAUCGGAAGAGUACAAGUCCAGGCAAGAGGGCGAAGAUAAGGGCAGGAGGCCAGGAACUUCUAACCCAAAGGCCAAACAACGGAGUUACAAAGGAACAGAGAAGGUGACCUCCAACACUCAGCCGCUGGAGCCAAGGAGGGAGACGCGCCAACUCGGCAGUAGGACAGAUCUGACCCAACAAGGCCUGGUGAAGAACCUGAGAGAAAAGUUUCAAAGCCUGACUUCUGCCAGCUAAAGCUUGAUCUGGGUUCCCUCUCAGGUGCCAGAUUCAAAUCAAACCACUGUACCUGAACAAAUGGGUGUAAAAUAUUGUUUGAGAUGUGAAAAUUUGUUUUGGACAUGUGGCCAAGACUUUUACUGAACCAUAUGGCAACUGAAACCAGUAAAUGACAUUGCGAUGCUUAGCCAGGUUAUUUAUCAUUCCUCAAUAAAUAUAUGGUUGAACAGAUUUACAUUUUGCACACCCUCAUGUUAAUUUAAAAGUAAAAUAUUCUCCUUAAACUACUGUGGUCACUGCAACCUAGCAAUGGUCAGGUCCAUGCGAGAGCACUGUCUGUUUAAAUAUUCAGUCAGUUUCCUCUGUUGAUGUGGGCGUCCUCUGACAAUAUGCUUUACAGUGUCUUCCCUUCUGAGAAGGGGUCUCUCUUUGUUUAAAUGAAUUAUACUUUCCACUCCUUCCAUGGCCUGUUCUUCCCCAUCUUUGUAACCUGUAGUCCUUUAUCUGUGAUUUCUACUCUCCUCCACUUCUGGCCUCUAUUGGUGGCUGUGCCUUCAACUUCCCUGGCCCUAAAGCUCAGUAAUUCCUCCCCUAAACCACCUGCAGCUUGCUUUUGACCUUUUUAAGGCUUGUCUCAGAACCUACCUUUUUAACCAAACUGUCUUAGUAUCACUUUGUGUAUCAAAACUUGUUUGAUAACCCUUUGUGAAGAACUUUGUGCUGUUUUACUGUGUUAAAGAUGGAGUGUAAAUCAUGUUUAUAUGCCAAGAAAUUCAUUACCUGUUGUUAGAGAGCUAAACAUGCUAUACAAUUGCAUUAGAGCAGUCAUUUUUCUUCUCUCAAAUUGUUUCUGUUGACUUCAAUGGAGUGAAUUUCAGUGUGGUAGAGUAGAAUCCACUCUGUCACUUUACAGCAUGCUUAGCACUAACUGUGGGGGAUAAAUUUAUAGGCAAUUGUUUUCUGUCCCUCAGGAACUCUUAUUGGCUCUCAGUGUACCAUCGCCAGAUUAAUGUUUGGUAUGAAAUAUCCAGAUUUUUUUGCCUUGUUAUGUGCUGGUUGAGCUGCCCUCAGCCAUGGCAGCAGGUAUGGUUGCAGGAAUUGGUUUCAGUGCCCCAAGUUUGGAGUUGCUGCCUCAGAGCCCAGACUGGAAAAUUAAUGUAGGUUAUCAGUUUAUGACAAGGUUGUCUCUAUUCUGCUGUCCUCCCUGUUGCUGACAAAUGGCCAGCACUCACCAGUUUAAUAUAUACUUUGGACAAGCUCCACAAAAACGUCAUUCUCCCUUGUUCCUGGUGUAUGGCAGUUGGGGAGGGGCAAUCUCAGUUUGCAUUUUCCAUUGUUAAAAAUAAAGAAACAUUGGUCCAGGCAACCAACAAUAAUGCCUUAAAAGCACACUUGCAAUUAUACAGCAUAGAAACAGGCCCUUUAGCCCACUGAGUCCACGCUGAUUAUCAAGAACCAUUUAGACUAACCCCACAUUAAUCCCAUUCUGUCAACUCCCACCCCUCCCCCUGAAAUUUACCACCUUGCCUACACACUAGGGCCAAUUCACAGUGACCAUUUAACCUAGCAAGCCCCAUGUCUGUGGGACGUGGGAAGAAACUGCAGCACCUAGAGGAAACCAAUGCAUGUGAUCACAAGGGAGAACUUGCAGACAGCACCGGAGGUCAGGAUUGAACCUCCUGUCACUGAGCUGUGAGGCAGCAGCUGUGCCACUGUGCUGCCCAAAUGACAUAGUUCAUUUCAUGACAUCAGGACCUACCAAAGCUUCACAGUCAAUUAAGAACUUUUUGGAGAUGUAGCCAUUAGUUGUUGUAUUUCUCACAUUACAACAAUCUGCACACAGCAAACUCCCAUGAACAAUAAUGUGAUAAUGACCAGAUAAUCUGUUUUACUAAUGAUGAUUAAAGAACACUUAUUGGCGAUGACAAUGGGAAAAACUCCCCUGCUCUUUAAAAUAUUGCUGUGGGAUCUUUACAUUUGUAUGACAGUGCAGACAGGACUAAGGCUUAAUGUCCUAUCUAACCGAAGGCACCUGUGACAGUGCAGUACUCCCUCAGUUUAGCACUGGAAAUGUCAGUUUGGUUAUGUGCUAAAGUCAAUGCAGUGGGACAAACUUUGACCAAUUAAACAGUGCCACCCAUUAAACUGAGGUUGACCCCGUCAAAGGUUUUUAAUCUGAUGUGAUCAUUGACUUGAUGGGACCAGGUAGCUGCUUGUUGAGAUUCUCUAGUGGUUGGCUCACACCAUGGUGUUACCACAUUACAGAUUCUGUGGGAAUGCCAGCUUCAGUCUCACUGCCAGUACUGUGUUUAAACCCUUCUCAAUGCUCAUUGUCCUGUGGAAUCUAUGCAUGAAUCUCCUGUGCAGUGACUCCUUAAAGACUGAGCUAUUUUGUAUUAAGAGUUGUAAUCAAUCGCUGGGCACCUUAUCACUUUAAUACUUCCUGAAAAGAAAAUUAAAAAUCUCACACUACCUGUCUCCAUAAUAGUCCCAAAGUUUGCUGGAUUAAUUUGUGAUUACCCUAUAAAUCUGUAACUACACUGUUUAAUGGCUAUGAUGUGAAUUGUGUCACUUGUAAAGAAGCAAAACAAAAUAACUGCA